UCGGGGCUUUAAGCCGGCGGAGCGCGGCGGCGGGGCCCGCAGACGGAGCGGAGCGGCGGCGGCGGCGCGGCGCUGGGCGCGGGGCGGCAUGGCCACCACCGCGCAGUACCUGCCGCGGGGCCCCGGCGGCGGAGCCGGGGGCACAGGACCGCUUAUGCACCCGGACGCCGCGGCGGCAGCUGCGGCGGCGGCGGCCGCCGAGCGGCUGCACGCGGGGGCCGCGUACCGCGAAGUGCAGAAGCUGAUGCACCACGAGUGGCUGGGCGCGGGCGCGGGCCACCCUGUGGGCCUAGCGCACCCCCAGUGGCUACCCACGGGAGGAGGCGGCGGCGGCGACUGGGCCGGGGGCCCGCACCUGGAACACGGCAAGGCGGGCGGCGGCAGUACCGGCCGAGCCGACGACGGCGGCGGCGGCGGAGGAGGUUUCCACGCGCGCCUGGUGCAUCAGGGGGCGGCCCACGCGGGCGCGGCAUGGGCACAGGGCGGCACGGCGCACCACUUGGGCCCGGCCAUGUCGCCGUCCCCAGGAGCUGGCGGGGGCCACCAGCCCCAGCCGCUCGGGCUGUACGCGCAGGCGGCCUACCCGGGGGGCGGCGGCGGCGGCCUGGCCGGGAUGCUGGCGGCGGGCGGCGGCGGCGCGGGGCCCGGCCUGCACCACGCGCUGCACGAGGACGGCCACGAGGCGCAGCUGGAGCCGUCGCCUCCGCCGCACCUGGGCGCCCACGGACACGCACACGGACAUGCACACGCGGGCGGCCUGCACGCGGCGGCGGCGCACCUGCACCCAGGCGCGGGCGGCGGUGGCUCGUCGGUGGGCGAGCACUCGGACGAGGACGCGCCCAGUUCGGACGACCUGGAGCAGUUCGCCAAGCAGUUCAAGCAGCGGCGCAUCAAGCUGGGCUUCACGCAGGCCGAUGUGGGGCUGGCGCUGGGCACGCUGUACGGUAACGUGUUCUCGCAGACCACCAUCUGCCGCUUCGAGGCCCUGCAGCUGAGCUUCAAGAACAUGUGCAAGCUCAAGCCGCUGCUCAACAAGUGGCUGGAGGAGACCGACUCGUCCAGCGGCAGCCCCACCAACCUGGACAAGAUCGCGGCGCAGGGCCGCAAGCGCAAGAAGCGCACGUCCAUCGAGGUGGGGGUCAAAGGCGCACUCGAGAGCCACUUUCUCAAGUGCCCCAAGCCCUCGGCGCACGAGAUCACCGGCCUGGCUGACAGCCUGCAGCUGGAGAAGGAGGUGGUGCGCGUCUGGUUCUGCAACCGGCGGCAGAAGGAGAAGCGCAUGACCCCGGCGGCCGGGGCCGGCCACCCGCCCAUGGACGACGUUUACGCACCGGGCGAGCUGGGGCCGGGCGGGGGCGGUGCGUCGCCGCCCUCGGCGCCCCCGCCGCCCCCGCCGGCCGCACUGCACCACCACCACCACCACACACUGCCCGGCUCGGUGCAGUGACCCCGCGGGCCGGGCCCCCGCCGGCGCGCGGCGAGGCGCCGCGCGGCCUGAACUCUUUUUGUUCGGUUGCUUUGGAUUUUACAAAAAGCCCAGAAACUUUCGAACAAAACCAAACACCCGGAUGACCCUCUCUGGCGAGCGGCGAAGACGGCCGAUAGGCUGCGUCGCCCGAGCCCCGGGAGAGAGGAGCCGGAGAUCCGAAACGCGCCAACUCACCGGGCAUCCUGCCCGCCGCCUGCUCCCCGCCCCCAUCCCCUCGACGACCCCCGCCCCUGCCACCCCGGGCUGUUCGGGGCCGGAUCCCGGCAGCGGCCUCCCCACAGCGACAGGUAACGCGGUACGGGGUUAGGGAUUCCCCGGGAGAGAGGACGAAGAGAGGAGGGUGCCCUGUCCCUCUCCCCGGCGCGGACUCCCGAGCCUGCGGGUUGAGGGUGGGGGACUGUCACUUUAUUCGCUCCACGCCUCUUCUCUCUCAUAAGGAUGCGCCCCACCCCCCCCCCCCUUACCCUUCCUCCGGGCUUGGUUUUUUACGGUUUUUAUUUAUUCACGGAGCCUCUCGGCUCCUGGGGUCCUUCUAACUCCGCCCGCGCCCUUAAUUUAAAUCGCUGUAUACUGUAUUUAUCGGGGCCCCGGAGGGGAGGCCGCGAGAGCCGCGUCUGUGUAUAAAAGCAGGAAAUAGCCAAAGCUUUAAUCUAGCCUAAUUUAUUUUUUCCCCUUACCUUCCCCUGCCCUACCCCCAAAAAGCAAAACAAAAACAAACAAAAAAAAAACUAACAAAAAAGAUUCGAGUGUUCAUUUUUUCGUUUCGUUUUAUCCGAGCUGCGAUUCGGUUCCCGGCCACGCGGGAGGGGUCUGCGCUCCCACAACAUAGUCCAUGGGAAGAGGCUUCUGCCCCGCUGCAGACUGACCGCUGCACAGCAGGGCCCCCGCUCCCCGCGGGGCCCUGCCCUCCUGGCCACAAACAAACGAAACUUGACAAAGUUGGAGAUAUUUUUGGACCAGCUGUAGAAAUAAGCCGUUCCCUGAGAACCUUCUGCCUGAUUCCCUGCAGCUUCCGCCUGCUCCCUUUCCAGCCCCACCUGGGAUGCGGGAUGCUGGGCGGCCAGGAGAGAAAUCCCCAAGUUUGGGGUGAGGUGGGAACCAUGUAAAUAUGUGAGAUAUGUACACACUGGCGGGGAGAAGAAACAUUUUGUGCUUGGUUUUUAUUUUUGGUUUUCCGGGUUGCCCUCCAUCCCCAUCCUAAAGGAUUUUGUACACCGAAUAAUCCGAAAAAAAAAUAUUUUAAUAUGAUUUCCAAAUUUCUGACCCAUCUCUAUUUAUUUUCUGGAUGUGUUUGGAGCUUCCCCCCUUCUCCAUUUCUUGUUCUGUUUGUUACAGUUUGGAUUUAAAUUUUGUUAUUUUAUUUUUAUUAUUUUUUGGAACAAUGUUUUGGUGCAUUCUUUGUAUCUUUAUUGCAAAAAAAAAAAAAUAAUGUAGACUGGGAAGUUCCCUUUAUAUUUAUGUUAUAGUAAAUAUUUUAUUACUCACAUAAACAUGUACCCCAGGGC